AUGGCGGAUCUGAUGAGUGCGACAAUUACCAGCAACAACGAGAGGGUGAAACGGCCGAUGAAUGCUUUCAUGGUGUGGUCUCGGGGUCAAAGGCGAAAGAUGGCUCAAGACAAUCCAAAAAUGCACAAUUCGGAAAUCAGCAAAAGACUCGGAGCAGAGUGGAAACAACUGACAGAGCCAGAGAAACGACCGUUCAUCGACGAGGCCAAACGACUAAGGGCUCUCCACAUGAAAGAACACCCCGACUACAAGUACCGACCGAGGAGGAAACCAAAAUCAUCCACAGCCAAAAAAGAAGUCAGUUUAUAUUUCACUCCUACACUGGACUCCUUAAGGUACCCCUUUGAAAGCGAAAAGGCAGCCACAGCAAGGACUUAUCCUCUGCCUAUACCACCCCCAGGUCCGUUCUACAGCUCAACACUCGGGGAUCACCUGAAAAAAACUGAGUUUUCUACAGGUUGCAGUUCUUAUUUGGCAUCCAGUCCUUCCCUGUACACAUCGACGGCAGCCAACAAUUUCCUAUCGUAUUCCAGGACAUUCGGCAGCCCCUACGGAUUCUGUGGCUAUCCUCCCACCUAUCUGCCAGCUUCAUCCCAGGACUUGAGGAACUCCCUCAACAGUUACGGUUACUUCCUUCUGAAGCCGGAAGACAGAGGGUAUCACUCCUCCCCUCCUAGACUGUCCCCCCAGUCUCUUCUGUAA